ACCACUCCCCCCCCCUCUUCAAAUUUCAGCAACCAAAACCGAGCAUAAUACACAGAACAGGAAUUUUCGGUAUGAUUUAAUUUUUGUAUUAUAGCUUAAUGAUGGGUUUUUAGUAGUUAUAGUAUGAUUUAAUUUUCGUAUUAUAACCUAAUAAUAUUUUUAGUAGUUAUAUUGUUAUGUUAUGAAUUACUUAUCGUACCAAUUGUAGUACUUAAUUUUUGAAUUUAUGUUGUUGUUAUUUAGUUGAAUUUAUGUUACGUUAGUUAUGAGAUGGAGUAAUAUUAGUCGUACAAUAUGGUUUUGGUUAAUUUUACUGUCUUUAAGCUAAUAGUUUAACUUACUGUAAAAUGUAGAUAUGUGUAAAUUCAAGAAGUUUCGGCUUAUUAUUCGGUGGAAUGGAAGGGUGACAAACUCUGACAUAGGGAUUGAUUAUGAGAACGGUGAAUCCACUAUGCUGAAAAUUGAGUCGCGAUUCAAUUUUCAAGAACUCCGUGAUAUUUGUGUAGACAGGGUUUGUACGAGCGGCCAGACAAGACUUGGCAAAUUAGUUACCGGUAUCCAGACAUGAGUGCUGGGGGGGUUGUGUACCAAGAAGUUUUCAUAAACGAUGAUGACGCGGUUACGAUGAUGUUACAGUUCCUAAGCGAUAACGGGAUGCGGCUUGCAGAGGUGUAUGUUGAGACCGAGGAGGUCGGUGAAACUCAUUCUCACCAGUAUUCUUAUGAUGAUGGUUUUGCAGGAGGGUACGGAUGGGGUGGUAGUUCGAGCAACUACGAAGGAGGUGGUUAUACAGGAGGUCAUGGAGAGGGUGGUAGUUCAAUCAACUACGGUGGAGGUAGUAGUGCAGGAUGUAGGGGUGUUCAAAUGGUUACCGUGGUUAUAACCAAACCAAUUGAGCUUAAAUUUCAUUAACCAUGGAAUAGAAUAUCUUAACCAAA